AUGGGCAAGUCGCAAUCCAAGCUGUCGGCGGACGAGCUCGCUGAGCUGCAGAAGAACACCUACUGUGAGUAUACUCACGCGUGUGCCCGAAGCGCGAGCGUGAUUCCAGCUAUCUCGCGGACUGUGGAGCUAACAGCAGUCGACAAGAAGUACAAGGGUUUCCUCAAGGACUGCCCCUCGGGCCAGCUGAACAAGGACGAGUUUAAGAAGAUCUACCGCCAGUUCUUCCCGUUCGGCGACCCGAGCCAGUUUGCGGACUACGUGUUCAACGUCUUCGACGAGGACAAGUCGGGCACGAUCGAGUUCAAGGAGUUCAUCUGUGCGCUGUCGGUUACGUCGCGAGGACGUCUGGACGAGAAGCUGAAGUGGGCCUUCCAGCUCUACGACAUCAACCAGGACGGCUUCAUCACGUACGACGAGAUGCUCCAGAUUGUGCGCUCGAUCUACAAGAUGACGGGCCAGAUGGUCUCCCUCCCCGAGGACGAGGACACGCCCGAGAAGCGUGUCGAUAAGAUCUUCCGCAACAUGGACCUGAACAAGGACCACCGCCUCACGUUCGACGAGUUCAAGGAGGGAUCCAAGCAGGACCCGACCAUCGUGCAGGCGCUGAGCCUGUACGACGGACUGUUGUAA